UGCGAUAGAAAAGAAAAAGAAGAUAUUCAACUUGAACUUGCAUUUUCAGCUAGGGUACAUAAUCCAACUUGGUCUGUAUCAUUAAAUACAAUAUGUGUGGCUGGAGACAAUAGUUAUCAACCUGAUGUUGGCAUCUGGUUUCAAGUACCACAGUAUGCACAACGUCAUCAUCCAAUUACAAAUCGUUUGAACCUUGCAGGUAUUUAUAACCAAGAUCUAGACCGUAGUAACGCGUUGGAGAGAAUUGCUAAUGUUCAACAAACACAUCAUGCAGUCGAAUUUAUUGGAAUCGCUCUUCCUAAUUCAAAUAAUCACUUUCGUCAGAAUUCUUUUCCUGGGGCAGUCACAGUUCCGGCGACUCAAUAA